AUGGCCAGUAUAAACGAUGCGCUAGACCUUAAGAACAUGGCCCAGCGUAUUAUUCAGGGGAAUGGAACCCUCGAACUAUCGCAUGGUCUCAGAACAGCUGUCCAAGAAGUUUCAGCUCCCCCAACACCAAAUCCAAUUCAACCAGAUGUACUCAAGGACCAGCGUUCAACGACGCCACCGAUAAGUGUAUUGCCUUCUCCAUAUGAUACGCCCGCAGGAUCUAUUCAUGCAGGGUCUUCAUCAGCAACACCCGACCAAAACCUUAUGGUGGUCAAGGAAGAGGCUGGACUGUCAACCAAACACGAUGACGGCCAUCAUAUCGAUACAGACACGUCUAGUGCUAGUACUGUAAACACUAGUAAUGAUGGCUCAAUAACUCCAGCCUUGCCAUCAACGGCAACACCUGCUUUUGCUGAUCAAGUAGCAUUCUCUCCAAUAGCAGGUGCUCCAGCCAUGCUACCAUACUAUUAUCAAUACUACCAAGCUCUAGAAACUGCUUCAGCUGAAGUCGCUGCUCAAUACCCUGGAUUUGGAACAGACGGUCAAUGGACGCCAGAAGUUAUUCAAGCUUACGCCGAAGCUGCUGCAACGGCUGUAGCUGGAUUGGGGUUAGCGCCUAGUCAGGAGCUUUUAAAUGGUUUUGCUAAUCGUCUGGAUUUGGCUUCACUAAUGCCACCGCCGUCGGGCACGGCUCAACUCAAUCAUCAGCCACAACAUCAACAGCAGAAUGUGGUGGCGACCGAUUUACCUCGUAGUAGUGUGCCUCUUCUUGCUCCAUAUGCUUAUCAUGCAUCGCCCUAUGGCUAUAGCUAUGCCAAUGGAAUCAACUCACAGAAUAGCAUAAACGGUAACUCUAGUGGAGAUGUGAAACCCACAGUGGACAGUAUGGGUAAUUUGAUGAGGAGAGGGUCAAUAGCAUCAUCCCUUAACAUGACAGAUGACUACGACGAAGAAUCAGGCACGAUGAGCUCGUCCUCUGCUAAUGUUGGUGCAGCUCAAUUCCGAAAACGUCGUCGCCAUAGAGGCACCAGAUUCACAAUGCAACCACGUAAAGUCAAACGUCAACCUCAUAUUAGUAUUACUCAGGCAGACGUGGCCAUUACCGAUAUGGUGGAAUUCUUACCUGACGGGAAGCUGCCUUGUCCGUGGCACGGAUGUGGUGAAUUCUUUGUGCGAAAGUAUAAUCUACGAGUUCACUAUGCUUCUCAUCUUCGGGCUCAAAGACGAAAGCAAAUUGAAGCUGCUGGUGGUGAUGCUGGCGGUGGCAGUAGCAGUGCCGGUGUUAGUGGUGGAAUUGAAAGUGAUACCCAGAUGGAAGAGUAUGAAUAUGAAGAAGAACCCACUCCACCUCCGCAACUUCCUCAACCAGCAAUUCGUCGUGGACGUGGCCGCCCACGAGGUAGUUUCUCUCGUCGUAUCUACUCUUAUAGGGUGCCUGCAGAUGAUGAUGAACCAGCUCCGUCCGAUCAUAGUCAGUAUGCCAAUCAUAGUCAGUAUGAACAUAUAAAGCAGGAACAGCAACACCAACAACAGCAGCAGAACGAAUAUAUAAGUCAACACGAAGAUCAAGAUGUAACUGAAGACGAGCAGGACUCUAAGCCUUUCAACGUUCCGUUUGGUGAUCGUAAUGUAUAUAAUAGUAACGACUUUCGUCAGGUGCCUGUAGACGAAGAAGCUACCGAUGACGAAGAACAAGAAGAGGAGCAACACGUAUCCCAAGGCAUCUCUCAACAACAACUGCAACACGAGCAACAACAUUUCCACAUAAAACAGGAACCUCCCAUCACACCUCAUAACCGCGAACCGAUUUCUAUGAAGGAAGUCUCGAGCAAACGUAGUAACAAUAGCAGUGGUAAAAGCAUUGAUCGUAAUGGCGCUGGAAUGAAGAGGACACCAACCACCGUCCGUGGAAUCAGUGGAGCCCUCUUGCCUAACCCUAGUAGUGAUGAUACCCCAUCGUCGUCAUCUUUAUUUGGAUCUCGCCCUCGUCGUAGUGGAGGCAAAACGCUUUGGAGUCAAGACUCUGAAGACGUCGGGGGUUACUCGCAUCGAUCAUUGUCUGAUGUAGGGUCAUAUGACGAUGAAGACGACGACAAUGACGAAGAAGCAGAUGCACAAUCAGAUGGAUCGGAGGACUCUAAUGCUUCAUCCUUCUCCGCUAAUGGUAGCAUGCAUAGACGAAAACGACGUGCCACCACCGCAAAUAGUAAUAAUAGUGCCUCACGACCAUCCUCAUCACUUAAAGGUGCUAGUAGUCCCUCAUGGAUUGACUUUCCAGCUAACGAGAAUGCAUCAGAGAUUGUAUCGCAAGUAAAUCCGGAUCAUAAUGGCAGAUACCCAUGUCCUCAUCCAGGUUGUGAACGAGCAUUUGGCAGGAGGUUUAACUUGCGAACUCAUUACUCGGCUACACAUAUCGGAGAACGCAAGUUUGGAUGCCCAAAAUGCACCAGACGCUUUGCUCGACGAGCUGAUCUUGCUCGACAUAGUCGAUUGAUGCACUCGUGA